CCAUGUAAAUGCCAUUAUUUUCCCCAAAUAAUUGAAUUUUUUACCGAGGUUAAGCAAAUUUGGUAUUAACCAUAAACCUUUCAAUAUCACAGGCUACAAAAACACAUUCAUAUGUGUAUAUAUAAUUUCAAAUAAACAAACGCUCCUACAAUAAAUGUUUUUAAUUGACCAGUUUUCUUUUACAUAAAGAAACAAUUUUCACAAUAAAAAAUUGAUAAAAUUACACAAAAAGGUUUGUUUUCUCUUUUAACAGAAUUCAAGCUACAGCUCCUUACCCAUCCUUUACCCCCACGCCUUGAUCCAGAAAAAUAACAAACUGAAUAAACAUGAACCAAUUUGUGCUAUGCACUAAAAAAACUUGUUCAAAGACCAGUUCUUAAUAUGUGGCAUCGUGAACUUCCCAUAUUGAUAUCUCAUAAUUUUUUUUUUCUAAAUGUAGGGCUCUAAGUGUCAUGCUAGCAGAAGUCCUAAAAAUGUAAAAAAUUCUCUACAUGCAAAUUUAGAACACAGCAUAACUCAAAAAUCUUUUAAGAUGCAUUUUGUGAAAUUUAAAAUUUUGAAUAGUUGGGGAUACAAUAAUACCUAGUGUCUGUAUUUUGUAAGAAAUCUGAAAAGACUGUUCAAAGCAGUUCUUUGUUUUAUUCUAACAUGGAGAUUCAACUGAGAUACGUGAUAGUACUCUGUGAAGUCCACAGAUAAUUAAAGAUAAUUAGUUGCUAUAUUAUAAAAAUCAAUCAUAAGUCUAAGUAAGGACAAUGAUCUCCUGAAUACCUCAUGUCUGAAGUGGAAGGUUAACAUGAGAAAAGAGUACUUGCAAAUAUCCAUCAUUUAUUACUGUCUUAAAAUCCUGCACUGAAGUUACUGAACCCUGAACAUUAAUUCUGACAGGUGCGUCUUCUCACUGACUUUCUCGACACAGUAGGGGCCAACGGAAACAUGCCAAGCAGUGUACUGUGACUAACAAAACUCUGCCAUAAUCAACCUUGCACCGUCUGUCCCACAACUGAUACAUGACCAUUUUACAAAAAAGGCCGCUGACUGUGCACCAUACCACCAACGGUAUGUCAAAUCAAUUUUAAUUAAUGCCAAUAAAUUUUCCAUCUGCUCUCAGGCCUCCUUACAUGGCCUCUCUCAGGGAUCUAGCAGCAUUUUCCUCUUCUCCAUGCAUACAACUUUUAAUCUUUAACUUAAGUCAACAAUUCCAAGUGACCAGAGCUACUGAGAUAGAUGAUGAAAUAAGUGGAAGAAAAUCAAUCCAUUCACCUCUCUUUAAAGUGGUCACUGUGCUCCAAAGGUGUAUUUUUAAAGAAAUUAAUCCUGUUCUCACGAUGUUACGUUGCCAAGGGAAGACAAAUCAUAAACGUUGUUCCUGGGUUAUCCUAUUUUCACAGCUUAAAAAUUUCCAUGUGCCCUAAUUUUAUUAGUCUCUUUCAAGCAGUUCUGUGAUAUUUCCAUUCUGUAAACGUUUAUGCUUCAUCUUUAUAGAAUGACUGCGAGGGAGACGACGUGACAGCAUUAGAAAAUGAUUACCAAAGAACAGUACUGAUUCAGGAGAAGAACACAAUCUCAGCCACCGAUCUCUCAUCCACUACUGGAUAUUAACAACAUGCUUCAGUGGAGAAGAAGACACUGCUGCUUUGCAAAGAUGAGCUGGAAUGCCAAGAGGUCUCUGUUCCGUACCCAUCUUAUUGGUGUACUUUCUCUCGUGUUUCUUUUUGCUAUGUUUUUGUUUUUCAAUCAUCAUGACUGGCUGCCAGGCAGAACUGGAUUCAAAGAAAACCCUGUGACAUACACUUUCCGUGGAUUUCGUUCUACAAAAAGUGAGACAAACCACAGCUCUCUUCGGAACAUUUGGAAAGAAACAGUCCCGCAGACUCUGAGGCCUCAAACAGCAACUAACUCCAAUAACACAGAUCUAUCACCACAAGGAGUUACAGGGCUGGAGAAUACACUCAGUGCCAACGGAAGUAUUUACAAUGAAAAAGGCACUGGACAUCCAAAUUCUUACCAUUUCAAAUACCUUAUCAAUGAACCUGCAAAAUGCCAGGAGAAAAGCCCUUUUUUAAUACUACUAAUAGCUGCAGAACCUGGACAGAUAGAAGCUAGAAGAGCUAUUCGGCAAACUUGGGGCAAUGAAAGUCUAGCACCUGGUAUCCAAAUCACACGAAUUUUUUUGUUGGGUGUAAGUAUUAAGUUAAAUGGCUACCUUCAACGUGCAAUCCUGGAAGAAAGCAGACAAUACCAUGACAUAAUUCAACAGGAAUAUUUAGAUACAUACUAUAAUCUGACCAUUAAAACACUAAUGGGCAUGAACUGGGUUGCCACAUACUGUCCACAUAUUCCAUAUGUUAUGAAAACUGACAGUGACAUGUUUGUCAACACCGAAUAUUUAAUACUUAAGUUACUCAAGCCAGACCUGCCUCCUAGACAUAACUAUUUUACUGGUUACCUAAUGAGGGGAUACGCACCCAACAGAAACAAAGACAGCAAGUGGUACAUGCCACCAGACCUCUACCCAAGUGAGCGCUAUCCUGUCUUCUGUUCUGGGACUGGUUAUGUUUUUUCUGGAGAUCUGGCAGAGAAGAUAUUUAAAGUUUCUUUAAGCAUCCGUCGUUUGCACUUGGAAGAUGUAUAUGUAGGGAUCUGUCUUGCCAAGUUGAGAAUUGAUCCUGUCCCCCCUCCCAAUGAGUUUGUGUUCAAUCACUGGCGAGUUUCUUAUUCAAGCUGUAAAUACAGCCACCUAAUUACCUCUCAUCAGUUCCAGCCUAGUGAACUGAUAAAAUACUGGAACCAUUUACAACAAAAUAAGCACAACGCUUGUGCCAACGCAGCAAAAGAAAAGGCAGGCAGGUAUCGCCACCGCAAACUCCACUAGAAAAGACAACUUUUUUUUUUUCCCAAACGUGCGAUCUGUAAAAUAUUGCUAAAAGCAUGUAUAGUUAAAACUGAUUACAUCCAUAGGACAAGUUUUAGUUAAAACUCAUCGCAUAAAGGAAUCCAAAAAUAUUUUUUUAAUUUCUGAAGAAAGUAAUUCUUAAAAAUACAACACGAUAUAACAAAAAGGUAUCCCAAACAAUCUACUAAAAAAUCCACAUAAGGGGAUUCUGUGUAUUAACAUGCAAUAACAGGCGUGCAUACAUCAAUGGUUCAACUCUUACGUUAGGGGCCAAGAAGGUGUAUUUGCAUAUGUUUUCCACAUAAAUUUUAAUUUAAGAAAUGGAUACAGUCAAAAGACUUUGGAUUCAGUUUUUCAUUUCAAUAUAAUUAAAUGUAAAUAAAACAUUAUUGUCAAUUUUAAGGAAACUUUAUAAUUGUGCAAAGGACAAAUUUUGACCUAUUCUAGGGUUCUAAAAACCAUAUUCCAUGCAAUAAGAUUUAGUUGAAUUAUUCCAUAAACAUAUUUAUAAAGUUCAGAUGUUUCAUCAGUGCAGUUCUCAUCUAAGUAUUUACUUUUUAAAAACAACUGAGAUAUUCAUUUUCUUUUAUCAAUACGCACAUAUACUGGGGGAAUUUAUUUUGACAUGACGUGAUAAAAUGUGAAAAAAAAAUCAAUGUGUCUCAGGCUCACAUUUUUAUAAAAAAAAAAAUUAAAUGUUUCAAAAUAGAACAUCUGUUCCCUCGUUGGUGUUCAGGGCCAAGCUAGAACUUCAAUGAUUUACUCAAUCAACCAGUUACUGCACUCUCAAGGAGCAUCACCAGUUAACUUCAAGCAUAUCUGAAAAAAUCUAUCAUUUUCCUCUAACUGAAGCAAAAGUGAUUACUUACAGGCACAAAGAGGAUGCACUGUUGAAAAAAGAUAAAGGAUAAAGAGUGCAGCGGCAGUUUCAUUCAAUACAUUUUAAGAUGCAUGUCUGCUAAACUGCAACAUAUGGGAAGUUUAUUUCCUGACAGCAGGUGUACACAUGCCAGUACUUAAUCAUUUUACGGCACCUACUUCUUUCUCUGAGUGCCAAGUUUACAAACCUGCAGUUUUUAAUUUGGUGGAUGACAAAUAUUCUGCACCACUGAUUAAAAACUUUCUUGGGAGGGAUGGGGGAAAACUACAAAUGUUUGAUGAACACUUGAUUCUAGGAUGAACAAUGUAUACAAUGCACUUUUAUCAAGUUUUUAAUAAAAAAGGUAAACAAAAAACCUU